AUGGCCAAAUCAGGAUUCAUCGCAUCCCCAUCCAAAAUUUAUGGCAAUGCAAAUGUGUUCAGCUUGGUCGAUGGUCAGCUCUUCGUCGGCAAUGUCCCCUUUUAUUUCAACAGAGAGGACUUCAACGUAUUCGGUGCCGAGCAGGGAGGAGUUCCCAGUAGUGUUAUUACCAGAACUUUCUUUCCAUAA